AAAGUCACAUAACCAACAACUCAAUAAUAAUACUCAAAUUUACCCACAACAAUUCCAUUUUAGUUUUAUACACAACAAUAAUAAUAGAAAGAUCCAGAGAAAGAGAAAGAGAAAGAGAAAGAAAGAGAGAGAAAGAAGAGAGAGAAAGAGACGCCAUGGCUGGUUUGCAAAGAUCUGCCAUGUCCUUCAGGAGGCAAGGCUCGUCAGGGCUGGUGUGGGACGACAGGUUCUUGUCGGGUGAGCUAAAUCAGGUCCCGCAAAAGGAAGAUCAGCCACCGCAAGGAUCGGGAGAUCAGCAAGAUCAAAAGCCGGAGACGUUGCUCAAGGAGGUCAAGGCGCCGAGGCCGAUCAACACCGUCGAGAGGAGCCAAUCCAACGGCGGAGGACGCGGCUACCGCACCGGGAGAGUCUCGCCGGCGAUUGAGCCGCCAUCGCCCAAGGUCUCCGUCUGCGGUUUCUGCAGCGCCUUCCGGAAACCGACCAAUAAGAAUCGCAGGACGAAGACUGCCGGUACGGGUAAGCGCAGAUCGCGGUAACACGUCUCAACUUUCGAUUUCCCGGUUACCGGAAUGGAAUUUCCCGGCGAAUAUUUUGGAAUAUUCCGGUUAGCUCAGCUCAGGGUUAUGUAUGGUGGCUUAUGAGAUUUUUCGUUAUAGCGUGGUAGAGAGAAUUAGGUUCAUCCGUCGAGUAUCUGAGAAAUACAAAAAAAAACCAUAUAAAAAUGUUUCUUUUUACUUUUUUCUUUUGGGGAUUUUUGAGUUUUGAAUUUUUAUGGUGCUGAUGUUCAUCAUGUUUUUGUUUUCCUAGAUCUCUUAGACAUAGUUUAUGUGGUUUGGUUGGGGGUUAUUGUAAUUAUCUGUGUAUAUUUGUUGCAUUUUUUGGAGAAAAAUGAAAAUCUCAUCUGUACAAAUUAAGCAUUAAAA